CAGCAGGUCGGCUCAGUCCCAGUGCCUGCCGGACCAGGUACUCUGGGCUGGCCCUGCUGCUGCCUUAUCCAGGGACCUGUGGAUUGGAGGAAACGCCUGGAGGGGCAACAGGAGCUGGGACACCUGGGGGAACAGCCUCAGGUGACCCCUCCCUUCUCAGCAUGCUACCCCAGAGAUGACCAAGAACAUAGGGAAUGAAGGGGUUCAGUACCCCAGAUGAGGGCCAUCUGGUCCAUGGCUUGGUGGCCUCUCGAAUUGAAACCUACGGGGGAAGACUCCAGAAGGCCCCAAACCACAGAAAUCCCCAAGAACCUCUACCUUCGGGGGAUCAACUCAACAGAGGCAGCAGCUUCUGCCCCAGGGCCUGCUCUGGAUGCCAGGCCAACAUGCCCCUGCUCGGCCUCUCUGGCAGCACCUUCUGUGACUCAAGGCUGGGAGGGGCCACCACGCCAAACUUGUUUGAAGGGGGAAGAUUCCUCCACCACCGACUACAGGACCUUGUUCCCUUCACCAAGAAUUCUGGCCAGUCCAGAGGCUUGUCACUGAGGCUGAAAGAACCAGAGCCUGAGAAAAAACAUGGCGGAUAUUUUGGUUCUAGCCAUUUCAACUCACCAAAACUGGUGGACGUGAACAAGGCCCGACAGCUGGAGAUGAGGCUGGAUACAUUCAGCAUGUUCGGGAUACCCCGGCUGCCCCCUGAGGACCGGAGAUACUGGGAGAUUGGGGAUGGUGGAGACAGUGGCUUGACAAUUGAGAAGUCCUGGAAAGAACUAGUACCUGGACAUACGGAGAUGAGCCGGGAGCUCUGUCACCAACAAGACGCGCUGUGGGAGCUAAUGACCACUGAACUGCUCUAUAUUCGAAAGCUGAAGAUCAUGACUGAUGUAACUCCUGGAGCUGGUCUGCUGAAUCUACAAAGAGUGGGGCUUUGACAGAGGUGAGUUCCAGUUGAGACCUUGUUUGGAAAUGUCCCAAAUCUGAUCCGAGCCCAUCGAGUUUCUGGGAGGAAGUGCUAGGGGCCUACCCUGGAGAAGACCCGGGUCUCAGAGCCUCUGGACCCUCUCAGCCUACAUGGCUUCCUGACAUUUAGCCAACGGUUCCAGCCAUAUAUACAGUACUGUCUUCGGGUGAAGCAAACCAUGGCCUAUGCUCGGGAACAACAGGAAAACAACCCUCUCUUCCAGACUUAUAUCCAGUGGUGUGAGAAACACAAAAGGUCUGGCCGUCAGCAACUCAGUGACCUGCUCAUCAAACCCCAUCAACGAAUCACAAAAUACCCUCUGUUACUUCAGGCUGUGCUCAAGAAGACCCCUCAACCCCAGACCCAGGAUGUUCUCAGUGCCAUGAUUUCAUCUGUGGAGGCUUUCUGACACCAUAUCAAUAGCCAAGUACGUCAAGAGGAAGAGCAUGACAGCUUGGCAGCUGCUGCCCAACGAAUUGGGCCCUAUGAAGUGCUGGAGCCAUCCACUGAGGCGGUAGAGAAGAACCUGCGUCUCUCCAACCUAGAUCUGACCUCCCCCCUGCUGGGGGUCGACCACCAACACACCCGGCAGCUGCUACUAGAGGGCUAUGUUCGGAUGAAGGAAGGACGAGAGGGGAAGCUGGAUGUGUACCUGUUCCUAUUCUCUGAUGUGGUUCUGGUGACCAAACCCCAGCGCAAGGCAGACAAGGCCAAAGUCAUCCGCCCACCCCUCAUGCUGGAGAAGCUUGUGUGCCAGGCCCUUCGAGACCCCCACAGCUUCCUGAUGAUCCACCUUACUGAGUUCCAGUGUGUCUCCAGCGCCCUUGUUUUCCAUUGUCUCAAUCCAAAUGAAUGUGUUCGUUGGCUAGAGAAGAUACAGGAGGCCCAGGCCACCCUGCAGAGAUUAAAGGCAGAGGAAUAUGUGCAUCAGAAGAGGGAGCUCCUGGCCUUAUAUAGGGACAUCGAGUCUCCCAGCACUAGGCCCCCCACCCCGUCUCCUGAGGGCUCCCAGAGCAGUGUAGAGGACCAUAAUCUGGAGAGGAGAACUUCCGAGUUCUCAGCCCUUGUCCCUCACCUGGUGGUCACAGAAGAUAGAGAAGACUCUUCUCUAGGCCUGGAUGAUGACAGUGGCUAUGGCACAAUACCCAGCUCCCUGCAAGGGUCCCAAUCCCCACUGAACCGCAGGCGGUGGCCUGCCCUCCGCCAGGAUCCCCGACUGACCCUCUCUACUCUGGAUCUCCGAGACAUCCCUCGAAGACUCCAGCCUUCCAAUCCCCAUGCCCCUCAAAGAAAGAGUGCCCCAGACCUCCCUAAUGAUGAUAUCAUCCAGAGAGGACACAGCCUCCCGAGGAGGGAGCCCCCAUCCUGGUCUGAGAAAGAAGAUGAGGAAGAAGGGUCCUCGGCAGGAGGGGAUGUGGUAAUGGAGACUCUGCACAGAGCUCGGCUUCGGGGCCAGCUACCUCUCUCACCAACUCAGGUAGACUCUGCAGGAGAGAGUCCCUGGGACUCCUCAGGGGAAGAUGAGGAAGAAAGUUCUGUAUUUGUGCUACCCAAACGUUAUUCUUCGCCCUACUCCUCACGGGCAGAAGAAAUGCUCCAGGAGAUCCGGGAGGACUUGGCCAACCAACGGAUUGAUGGAGUCUCAGAUCCAGUGAGGGAACCCAGGGUUGGACGACCCCGGAAGCUGACAGUAGUCGAACUACAAAAGAUGCGAGGGUCUCAAAUCAUACAGCUAGAUACCCCAUUAAGCACAUCGGAGGUAUAGCCGCCUCGUCCAUGACGCCUAAAAUUUCUCCUAGAGGAUCUCUGAUCCAAGGACUAUUGGCCAUCCAUCCACCUUGGCCCAAGAGCCAAACCAAGGCACCUACCUGUUCCAUGGCAUAAAGUCUGGGAUCAAGACUGUAAAUUUCUGUAUCAUAAACACUCCCUAAGCUCAAAUAAAAUUCUGUGUAGAUAA